AGAUUGCCCAUUUGAAGGCUGGCACUCGAGCUGCAAAGACGUGACAGGACAGCGUAGCAAAGCUCAACCAGGAUGGGGUUCAGAGUGAUUCUAUUGGCGGCCACCGGCCUCGGUGCCAUGUACAUGAUGCAUCUGCUGGCCCAGGACUGGGUGAAGAUUCGACCCAUUCGUGGAAUAACCCAGCUGGCAGGAAUGGCUGCUCAACCUAUUCAAAUGGCCAUUGCACCCAUUCAACAGGCCAGUGCCUCCUUAAACCUUUUUAGAUCUAGAAGGGAGGCUAGCUCAAGCCAACCUCAUGAUCUGGGUUGGGUGCGAAGGACUCAGGAUUCAGGAGGAGGAGGAGGAGGAGCUAGGGGCAGAGUAUCAAAUGGAAGAGUUCAGAGACCUCCACCACCAGCCAUCGACUGGAAACGGAUCCUCUCUCGAGAUCCCUUCGAGUGUCUCCAAUCCCUGAUCUGUCAACUAAUGUCUGGAGCCGAAGCCAAAGUUCCCGAAGCGGAGCUGCUCAUGGAUUACCUGGAAUCAUCGAUAGAGAUGGCCCCGGUAAAGAUCGGACGAGCGUUUAGUCGUGGAUUGGCCUUGAAGGGUUCCACGGAGCUGUGCUUUAACGAGUAUCCUUUUUGCCUGUAUUCCGCCAAAACGAUGUUGAGGAUCCUGCGGUGGUUUAGCGAGACGGGCCAGGUUCCCCUCGAGGAAGUAAAUUGAGUAGUUAUAAGAGUUUGGCAGAGAGAGAGUGAAAG